AUCAUACACAAACGACCAUUACUCACUCUACACUCACCGAUCGAUACACUUCAGCCUGUCAUAGUGGCACUAAUGCAGCGCUAACCUGACACAAACAAGCUUUUCAGACCAACUGUACUGCAACACUUCCUGAAACUGUAAUAAAUGAGGCAAUAGAUCUAGUUUCAUUAUCCAGGAAACGAUAAAUGAAACUUCAGACAGACAGCUCUCACGUAAAACACCAGUCUCCUGCAUCAGGCAGCAGAACAACAACACAGGAAGAUGAAGUUGUCUGGAGCAACGAGUCCCUGCGUGGUUCUGGUCCUCAUCUUCACCUCAACAUCAGCGAUUCAAAAGCUCAGAAAUAUUAAUGACCUAAAGGCACUCAAAUUUGACCAAAAUGUGCCCUCACACAGUCUGCUGCUGCUCUAUUGGUUUGCCAACACCAUUGACAUUGACAAUAACAACGUCAUAAGGCUAACCUUUGACCCCAACCAAGGCGAUUAUGGCUCGCAUCACUAUGGGAACUACGAACGGCUGCUGGAACCCCUCCCUCUGGGAAACAUCAGAUACAGAUACUACACGGUUGGUAAUCUUAACCAAGAGUCAUCAUCUGAACUUCCAUCCUAUGUCAUCCAUCCGCGGUUUGGGUAUGAAGGGAGGAACCGAGACCGAAUCAUUUUUAGAGUCAGAGAGCAGGAUGUGGGAAGGCAAACCGGGCAGAUCGUAGACAGAGUCUACAUGACGCAGCACUUUCAGACCUCUGAUAAUCAGGGCACAAGAUACGAUCCAGUAAAUACAUACCAGGUCACGACCAGGCUUUUGGGGCAGAUCAGAGAAUUUUCAGUGCAGGAAAAUGACUUGAUCUUUCUGAUGAAUGUCAGAGAUCGCUUUGGGAGUAAUGCUGAUAGCACCCAGCUAAGGUACAUUAAGACUUAUUGGGGGGAGCUUGCUUGUCUUGGGCUAUUAUUGUUUAUGGUGAUCCAAGAAAAGCCCUCCACCAACCAGCAACCUUCACAGGAAAAGCCCCCCACCAUCCGAAACAACAGGCAACCAUCUUCGACGCAAAAGCCCCCCUCCAUUCCAAACAACAGGCAGCAGUCUUCAACAAGAAGGAGCACACAUUCUGACUGUGUUGUCAACAUCCCAGACAGCAGACACAGUGCUUUUACUGGGAUGGUUGCCAGUCACCGACUGAAUCAGAGAGAAAAUGUAUCACUUCAGAUUACAACAGGCCCAGGGGGGAAAGCCACCAUCCACUGGAGCAUCAUUGGAAAUCUUACUGAUCAAAGCAUGAUGAUCGCCCUUUAUAAGCAUAACAUGGAUGUUAAUGCACUAACUUAUAAGUCAAUUGGAAACAGAAAAUCGGGGCGUUACGACACAUCAGUACCGCUAAACGAAGGACUUCAGGCUCGGCUGCACAUAGGCGAGACACUUUGCUGCUUCUGGAGAAGAAUUGGAGAGGAGAUCCACAGAGGGGAAGAGUUUGAGAACCCUGCAUUAGUCAAUAUUAGAGGCUACAAUGCACACCUACAACUUUUUGCAAAGAAUGGUAAGGCGUGUGCUCGAUUAUACGUGAAGAAGUCUUUCACUGAGUGGAAGUCCAUAUUCAGAAACUCAUGGGUCGGCUUCUACAGCUCUCAGUAUAAAGACACAAAGAGCUAUGAAUGGUGGCAAUGGCAAUGGGCAACCGAGUUCAAACCCAACUUUUUCUUCGACAUAUUUUCUGAAUACGACGUCUAUGAAUACCACUCAGGUAUGACGAUAGCUCCAGGAGUCCAAGCAAGAUUCAUACUGCAGGACAAUGUGGAGAAAGCACGCACCCAAAGCUGGAACAAAUAACGACGGCAAGAUGUGCCGGAAAGCAGUCUGUAUAAUCAUUCUGAUUAAAUGUAUUUAAUACAAAUUCUCAGUACAAGGCUGUGAAGACGACAAUCAAAACCCUUUAUUGUGAUCAAUAUUUUAUCCUGAAUUCCAUAAAUGUGUGAAAGCCGCCAUUGUAUUUGUAAUAUAUGUUUAAUAUACUUCAUUACAUUCUUUAGAAUCAGAAUCAGAAUGAAUUUUAUUGCCAGCGCUCCAGCGAUCCAGAGCAUAGGAACGUGACUCCACAGUACAGCCUGACCAAGAUUACACACACACACAUAUAGACAGGGCAGAUACAGGCAGACCACGAGAGCAGCCAUGACGACCCAGUUAUAAGUAUUAGUAAAAAAUGAAAACUGUUUUUGAUGCCUACAUGUGAACCUCGUCUGUUUAUACUGGAUCUUUUACUGUCUGCAUAAAAAGUUCAUAACAACUUCGUAUUUAUCUAAAAGCCGAUAAAGUGACUGAAGCAACACUUAACAAGCUCCAGACUUUCAUGUUUCUGGGUGAAAGUGACUGAAGCACCAGCUGCACUGUAGAUUUUUUUACCGCUUGCCCGUUAUCUGCAUUCUCUGUGACGAUUAGCUCAUUUGUUUACGUUGAUUUUGUACAUUUGAUUCAUAAUAAAGAGGAAAUCCUCUUUUCCAUGU